CAGCCCAAUAGCCCAACCCUACUACAGAACUCUUUUUCACUCCCGCGGGAGAAUUCCACCGGCGAGAUCGCCGAACCGCCUGAGAAGCGCAACGGUUGAUAAUUUCGGGAUUUUUGAAAUUGGGCUUUAACAAAACUUGUAUGUUUUCCAUUUAUUUUCUGCAAAAAUGGGACUCUUUAAGUUGAAAAACAUCCUUCGACGACAAUUCCUCGUAUCUUCUUCUCCUUCAAUUUCCUCGCCGACAACAAGACGACGCCUUUCUUGUCCCAGUGAUGUCAUCUUCACAGGUUUGAUCAAACCCAAAUACCAUUUUCCAGGAUAUUCAUUUUUUCCAUGUUCAAGCUUCGGUUUAGUUCGGUUAUGGAGUCCCCCAAAUACUUGUUUUGCUGUUUCCAAUGUCAGAUUCUGUUCUGGAAUUGUUAGGUUAGAUAAUGAUUAUGAUGAUGAUGAUGUUGAGAAACUUUACAAGACUAUUAUGGAAAACUCAUACUCACAUUCAAAAAUGGAAGAAGCUUUGGACCAAGUUGGUGUUAGGUUGACCACUGAUUUGGUUGCUGAAGUUCUCCACCGGCUUCGUUUUGAGGAGAGAUUGGCGUUUCGGUUUUUCAAUUGGGUUGGUCACCGAGAAAAUUAUGCCCAUGAAUCUAGGGUGUAUAAUGAUAUGAUUGACAUAUUGUCUAGUACAAAAUACAAGAUCAAACAGUUUAGAAUUGUUUGUGAUAUGUUGGAUUACAUGAAGAGGAAUGACAAGAAGACUGUUCCUCUAGAGGUUUUGCUAACGAUUUUGAGGCGAUAUUGCGAGAAGUACCUGACCCAUGUGCAGAAAUUUGCUAAAAAGAAGAGGGUGAGAGUGAAGACGCAACCCGAGAUUAAUGCCUUUAAUUUGUUGCUUGAUUCUUUGUGCAAGUGCAGUUUGGUUGAGGAUGCUCAGGGGAUGUUUGAUAGGGUGAGGAGAAGAAUCAAGCCCGAUUCCAAUACGUACAACGUUUUGUUUUUCGGGUGGUGUAGGGUUAGAAACCCAACUAGAGCGAUGAAGGUUCUGGAAGAAAUGAUUGAGAUGGGUCUUACGCCUGAUAAUUUCACCUAUAAUACCGCCAUUGACUCGUUCUGUAGGGUGGGGAUGGUGAAUGAAGCGGUUGAGCUUUUUGAGUUCAUGAGAACAAGUGGCUCCACAAUGUCAUCUCCUACAGCUAAAACUUAUGCAAUCAUGAUCGUGGCUCUUGUCCGAAAUGGUAGAAUGGAAGAGUGCUUCAAGUUUUUGGAACUUAUGAUCAGUAGCGGUUGCAUUCCUGAUGUUUCGACGUAUAAGGAGUUAAUCGAAGGCAUGUGUUUGGCUGGAAAAGUUGACGUGGCAUACAAAUUUCUUCAAGAGAUGGGAAACAAAGGUUUCCCUCCUGAUAUUGUCACUUAUAACUGUUUUCUCAAGGUGCUGUGUGACAAUAAACAGCGUGACGAAGCGCUUAGGCUUUUUGGGGUAAUGUGUGACGGGGGUUGUAUUCCUAGUGUGCAAACAUAUAAUAUGCUGAUUUCCAUGUUUUUUGAGAUGGGCGAUCCAGAUGGGGCGAUUGAGACUUGGUACGAGAUGGAUAAAAGGGGUUGCACACAGGAUAUCGAUAGUUAUUGUGUGAUGAUUGAAGGGCUUUUCGGCUGCAAUAAAGUGGAAGAUGCAUGUGGUCUUCUCGAAGAUGUCAUGAACAGAGGAAUGAAACUGCCAUAUAGGAAGUUUGACGCCUUUCUGGCACAGCUUUCUGCGGUUGGUGAUCUACGGGCUAUCCAUAGGCUUUCAGAACAUAUGAGAAAAUUUUACAAUCCUGCGAUGGCUAGACGUUUUGCCCUGAAUGAAAAGCGGAAAAGCAUGAGCUUUAGAGGGAAGUAAUGAGAUUCGAGGUCAGGCAGAAAUGUUUUUGUUGCUGCAAUUCCUCUAUGCUACUGCCAAGGCAAUUUUAAUGAACAAAGCCGGCAAUUCAUUGUCGCAUUUCUUUCAUACAAGAAAUUUCAGAAAAGUGUGGCAUGAAUCCUAUACAAGUCCCUCCAUAGAGGUAGAGCUCCACCCUUUGCUGAUGAUGAUCAAAUUUUUCGGAGAUUGCAAGUUUGAGCUCAAUUCCUUCUAUGAAAUAUCUCUGAGAUCUGAUUACAGACCAAAUCUCUGUUUAUCCAAAACUAGAAGCUCCAAAUCAGUGUUGCUUAACCAAGCUUGGGAAACCAAAAUAUAUUGGCUCUUCUUAUACAGUUGAAACAAAAUUAUGUCUGAAUAAAAUUGGGCUUUUUUUUUUUUUAUGAAUCAGUUCCCUUUUGGAUGGCCUAAACUUGAGAAACGCCUUUCCUAUAUCAUUUAUGAGAAGGCCCAAGUGUGUAUUAUGAUUGAUAUGUUACAUGGAGGUUAAUAAAAUUUCAGAUGCCAAUAAUACAUUCCUGUUAC